AUUUGAGAUAUUGUAAUGUUUUUAGACAGGCAGCCUCAGUGAGGUGCUCAUCGGCGUUGACGUCACCAGCACGACCUGUCAGUGGAACCUCGCAGGGCUGCUAUGUUUCAUAGAGCUUUUCCAAUUAAUAUUAAUGCAUUUUCGUAUUUUUGCAGUUUUCACACUCGCAUAUUACAAGGGUGAAAAAAUGUUAUUCCAUGGCUUCGAUUGCGGUUUUGCUGAGUUGCCUUUAGAACUGCACUAGCUGUUCCUAGCCAUUAGCUUGUUGUUAGCCGCGGACGCGUCGGCUGAGGACUUUCUCUUGUCUGGAAGUCAUUGUUCACAGACAAAAAGUUGUGAUGGUAACAGGCUGCCAAAAUCAAUCAGCUUUAUUGUAAACCCAUUUAUUUAUAUCAAAAAAAUAUGGGGCGGUUAUAUCUGUUGUAAUCGAAUUAAGAAUGAAAUAUUAGCCUUGCCACGGUAAUCGAAUGUUUAGAGUUCAGUUCACCCAGGUGCAGCCCAUUUGCUAAUACUCCAUCUAAAUUGUUCUUCAAAAAGUAGUUGAUAUAAACCUAGUACGUAGUAUAUUUAGUUUUCACUAUCAUAGAGGCUAUCGUUUAUUUAAUAACAAUCAUGGAUAAAAAGUCGUUUGAUAUUGUAUUGGACGAGAUUAAAAAGUGCGUCCUAACAGAUCAACGCAUCAAAGCCAUAGAGCAGGUGCAUGGAUAUUUCUCCAGUGAGCAGGUGAUGGAGAUACUUAAGUACUUCUCGUGGGCUGAACCUCAGAUCAAAGCAGUUAAAGCCCUGCAGCAUAAAAUGGUUGCAAUACCUACAACCAAGGUUGCCAAUAUCUUGAAUUGCUUCACCUUCUCAAAGGACCGGCUAAUUGUUCUGGAGCUGAUAGCAUUAAAUAUUUCAGAUGCUCAGAAUUACCGUCCUGUGGAGGAUCUCUUUCGCAUCCACUUGUCUGAAAAAAAGCGAGCUCGCAGGAUACUGGAGCAGGUGUGCAAGGUUGGUUGUAAAGCUCCUGUAGCCAUGAUCUCCUCUUGUGGUAUGAUACCAGGAAACCCAUACCCCAAAGGCAGACCCAGCCUGGUCACUGGCACAUUUCCUGGAAUUCCUCCUGUAAAAAAGGAAGGAGAAAAGAAGGAUGACGCCUCCAACAGUAUGGAGGGAAAGGGAAUUGCCUCCCGUAUACUUGGACCCUUCAAACCUUUUCCUUCGACCUACAACCCUCAUAGGCCUGUGCCCUAUCCCAUACCACCGUGUCGACCGCAUGCAACUAUUGCACCAAGUGCGUACAACAACGCCGGUCUUGUUUCUGUGGGAGGGGUUAUAACAGCCAACGUGCCCCCUCCCCCCUACAACUCCGCUCACAAAGUAGCAGGUUAUUCCAAACCAGGAAACCCACAGAUCACCACACCAGGAGUCAACAGUGGCCCCCUCCUCAUUCCGCAUGGAUCCACUCCUUCCACCCCUGCUCCACCCCGGGCCUCUCCUUCUCAGCAGCCCCCCACCACUCCCAUUACACCAGUAUUUCCUGGGAUAGUUCCCUCCCACAACCCUAACGCCCACUCACCUUCUCCAGCUCCUUCUCCAUCUGUCAUCAAAGCAGGGCCACAGACCCCCAGUGGUCAUGCUACACCUACACCUUCAUCUGUCAUUAAAGCCCACACACCUUCAGGCACCCCUUGUGGAACUCCAGUUCCUGGCAGCUCAGGCUUCUCCUCCCCCUUCAACGCUCUAUCCCGACCAGGAACUCCUGCUAACGCUAAUUCAAUGGGUUCCACUCAGCAGAAGGGCUAUCCUCACUCCACAGACCAACAGCAAGGACAUGUGUUUUCUGGCCCACAGCCUCAAGCAGGUAACUCCUCAGGGUCAGUGAUACGAAGUUACACUCCCUCCGGACUACACUCCCACACUCCUGGACCCUCCACUCCAGUUAUUCCGGGCAGUUCAACCCCAGGCCCCAGUCCUAAACCCUCCCCAGCUCACACUGUACAGGUCCACACUGCUGCUGCCGCAGCUGCAUCACUGAACAGACAAAUGAGCACCAGUGGCAGCAACAGUCCGGUGCACUCUGCUUUCAAGGGUACCUCUCGUUCUGGCACACCAUCACUUAGCGCUUUGGCUGUGCCAGUUUCCGCCCAGGCUUCCCUGGCACGAUCGUUGGGUCUAUCACAUCCCCCGGGUUCUCCUCAGGUCUCUCUUCAGAGUCCUGUUCCCAUCGCUGGCCUCCAAGCUCUCUCCUCAAGCCCUGCUCCUUCUCAUUAUCCCAACCUUCCAGCUUUUCCCUCUCUCCCUUCCUCCACCAUCUCUUCAUCCCUGCCAACAAUGCAAUCCAGUAACAACAUUUCCAACCACCCACCAUCCUCCAUUUACCCAGGUUUAGUUACCAAUGCUGCUCCAAAUGUAGGCUCACCUUUCGGUCUUGGCCUCAGCACCACUUCUAUAUUCCCAGGCCUACCGCCUGGCGCAAACCCUGCUGCGUUCCCUGGUCUGGGAGUGUCAGGAGGUCAUGGAGCUGGAAGCCCUGUUUUGUCAUCAUUCAUGGGACUGUCAGGUGCCACCCCCUCUACAGUUGCACCUGUGGCUCCACUACAGGCUGCAGCAGCAGCAGCAGCAGCGGCAGCAGCAGCAGCAGGCGUUCCAUCAUCGUCACCUGUUUUACCAGGAUUCGCAUCGGCCUUUAGCUCUAACUUCCAGCCAGGGUUGAGCAGCGGACUCCAGCCUCCAGGAAGCAGUGGUUUCCCUGGUUUGCUGUCUUUCUCCGGUGUACCCGGCUUCUCACCCUCUGCCUCCCCUGCUGCCUUGGGUGGACUUCACAAUCAGGCCAUGCAGUCUGCUCUGUUGCAGGGUCACCCCACCUCUGCUUUAGAGGGCUUCCCCCCUCAGCCCAACAGCUUCACCAACUACCCUCCAGGCCCUGGAAACCCUUUCCCUCUCCAGCCAGGCCUCCACCCCCAGCUGGGCUGGCAGUAAAAAAAAAAGAAAAAUCUCACCUGAACUGAAAACUGUGACUUAAGUCUUUCUCUGACCUACCCUACUUUAUGGUUUAGCUUUGACCAUCAGAGCACAGGUUGAGCAAUAACCAUGUUUCCAUACAGAUGAUUUCACAGCAGAAAUUAAUUACAAUGUUAAAGAACACUGCAAUGAAAGCAACUGUGCGUGUGCCAUGGUAUCAAUAGUGUAAAUGAAAAAUGUCUGAUUAGGUUUUUACACUUAGACUGUGAAUGGUUUGUAUGUUUCCAGGACUGGGAUUUUUAAAAUGACAAAUUAUUGACUUUUACUGAAUAAUGAAUUAAAAUGGAAUGAAUUAUACAUUGUACAUUAUAUGUAGUAACACCACAACAUCAUCAUGUAGUAUUUAAUGAUUAGUUUUAUUAGAAGAGAUACUGAGAAUUAAGAAUUUUAAAUUGAAUAUGGUAUUAUUACUGUACUUUAACUGCUGUUGCUAACAUUUAAAAAAAGUUGCAAAUUAUGCUUUUUUGCCAAACGCAGUGUUACAUUUUUAAAAUGGCAGCUUAUUGGUAUUUAAAAAAACAAAACAAAAACUAACCUUCUUCUUUGGCUGUUACCAGUUUACUGUGAUUUGUUUUUUGUAUGUUUACAAAACUUUUAUUUAGCAGAUGUAACACUUUCUGGUACUAUUUUAUCAGUACUGGUAUAAAAGUACAGACCCACUUUCCUUUUGGUAAUGCUGGUUAAAGCAGUGAUUUGAUGACGCUGUUUAACUGAAAUGUUUCCCAUGCUAAUGUGUAAUUAAAUUAAUUAUUUACUGUAAUCUUGGCUAGUUUAGGUUCACUCAGAUUCAAUUACUUUUUUUGUGGGGUGAAUUAGAUCAUUUUGUGUUUCACUGUGUAUUUCUUUCUAUUCCAUGAAGCUUUUGUUAUUGUUUCGGUUGUUUUUGCUCUCGUUUUCAGGAUUUUGUCAGUAAACUGCUGGUUGCUGUUACAAAAUCUUUUAGUUCAGUCUGAAGUAAAGAGACAACAGAGAAUUCCUUCUGCUUUCCUAACCAUCAACUGUAGCAACUGGAGACUUUAGAUACGGUUUGAGCCGUAACACAAGACAACAGGAACCAAGGCUGUCACUGACAAAUGAUCAGGUCCUCCGCCCGUCUGUUUGCCUCAGCCUGUGAAGUGAGUCGCAGCCAGUUACACCACGUACAUUACACCACACACACUGACACACUGUGAUCUUUACACAACCUUUUAUUGAAAAAUAAACACGUUGAGUGCGUGGAGCAAGUAUCAUCUGUGAAAAUUUGUUUAGCAUAAAAUCACUUUGUUCAAGAAAUUUCGUAAGGAAUAUUAAAGUUGCCGUGAUAAACACA